CCCUUUUAAGGAACUCCACCCUCAUGAUGGGCACACCUCUUCUCUGGAUCUAGCCGGGCUGGAGACAGUCCCCCCACCCACUUGGGUUGCCCAGCAGCACUCUCGGUACUAACCCACAUGAACGCGAGCUGGGUACCCCAAGAAACCUUGCCCUAGAGUACCCGCAGGAGUUCUUGUCAUUUUUUGCUGAAGCCUCUGGCCUAUAUGUUUCCACCAAUCGUAGGCAUUUGCCCCUCCCUUCUUUCUUUUUAGGAAGGCGCUGGGGUUUGCAGCAGUAACGGAGGCGGUAAAAGGGAUCCCCUGACAGUAUCUUCUCAUAGGCUCCUGUCUUGAAGGAAUCCUUCUCCGCCUCAACUUUGUAUUCAAGUAGUGCUUUGGGGGUUGGGUUGGUUUUCUUAGCCCUUAGCCCCAGCACUCUCCUCUAGGGUGUGUAAAGUUCAGAGGAUGGGUGGAGAGUGGGUUUGGCCGGAACUGAACUGGUGGAGGUGAAAGGAGAACGGAGGAUCUUCAGCCUUGGCCACUUGGGCCCAGGGAACCCACUUUAUUUUUAGCCGAGGAAAAGAUCUGCAUUGGCAGCAGUGGGAAGAUUCUUUUUAGGAAGUCGGUUUUGCUGGCUCCCCAGUUUGAGGUUGGAUGCUUGAGAGCUUUGUUUCCCUUGCUUCGAGGGUGGCCCAGCCGGAUCUGAACCGACUCUGGCCCUCCUCCUCAUUUUCUAGCCAGGAGAAAAAGGGGAGGGGGGGCCGAGAAAGAGAAGGCGAGAGCGAGUCUCCUGGCGCGCUGUCAGACAGGGGCGGGAGUGAAGGAAACAGCAGUCUUGCGAACGGAUCAGGAGUAUGAGCCUCCCGGGGGACCGCAGGAUCUCCGGACACUUCAGGAGUCCCCAGCUAGUGACAUGGGCGCAGUUCCGGCAUUUCUUAUAAGUCAGAGGCUGAAAGUGAAUGAUAUCUGCUCAAGAUCCUCCAGAAUAAUUGACAUUAGCACAUUAAAUGGAGGAAGUACUCUGCUAAAAGAAAGGGAUACAGAGAAGAACAAGACGAGAUAUGGAUCAACUCAUAAACAACUUGGAGGUCCAACUUAAUUCAGAAACUGGCUCAAUGCAUGUAUUCAAACAGGUCACUGGCUCUGUUCAAAUUAGAGAUUCCCUUAAGACAACAGGCAGAGGUGAUAUGACAUCUCCACCACUCCUAGAUAUCAAUCCCAUGGAGAAUCCAGCACUGUUAAAUGACAUCAAGAUUGAGCCCCCAGAAGAACUUCUGGCUAAUGAUUUCAACCUGCCCCAGGUGGAACCAGUUGACCUCUCCUUUCACAAGCCAAAGGCUCCUCUUCAGCCUGCCAGUAUGCUGCAAGCUCCAAUACGUCCUCCAAAGCCAGAACCUGUUUCCCAGACCCUUGUAGAGUCUACUUCAACAUCCAACACAGGCACUUCAGCAAACAUCCCUACCGUUCUGACUUCAGGCUCUAUCCUGGCCUCCUCUCAGGGCACUGGUGGCCAGCAGAUCUUACAUGUGAUUCACACUAUCCCCUCAGUCAGUCUGCCAAAUAAGAUGAGUGGCCUGAAAGCCAUCCCGGUGGUGGUGCAGUCACUGCCUAUGGUAUAUACUACUUUGCCUGCAGAUGGGGGCCCUGCUGCCAUUACAGUCCCACUUAUUGGAGGAGAUGGAAAAAAUGCUGGAUCAGUGAAAGUUGACCCCACCUCCAUGUCUCCACUGGAGAUCCCAAGUGACAGUGAGGAGAAUGCAAUUGAGAGUGGAUCCUCAGCCUUACAGGGUAUUCAGGGACUACAGCAAGAACCAGCAGUAAUGACCCAAAUGCAGGGAGAAGAGUCCCUUGACUUGAAGAGAAGACGGAUUCACCAAUGUGACUUUGCAGGAUGCAGCAAAGUGUACACCAAAAGUUCUCACCUGAAAGCCCACCGCAGAAUCCAUACAGGAGAAAAGCCUUAUAAAUGCACCUGGGAUGGCUGCUCCUGGAAAUUUGCUCGCUCAGAUGAGCUCACCCGCCAUUUCCGCAAGCACACAGGCAUCAAGCCCUUCCGGUGCGCAGACUGCAACCGUAGCUUUUCUCGCUCUGACCACCUGUCUCUGCACCGCCGGCGCCAUGACACCAUGUGAGCGGCACAGACUGCUCUAGAAGUGCUGCACUGGUCUCUUUCGUGUGUGUGUGUGUGUGUGUGUGUACGUGUGCGCGUGUGCCUGCACACUGAGGUCAUAACCAUCUUUUUGUCUUUGACUUCAGCUAGCCUUUUGGGGUGGGAUUGGAACAGCUCACUGAGCCAGGCUGAUGAGACUGGAGAGGAUAGCUGAUUUCCCAUAGGGACUCUUUAUAUUACCCCUUCAUUUCUCCAAAGUCCAGUCCCCAAUUUUUUUCAACCUCCGCAUGGGUUGGAUUCCAGUGCGGCUCCCAUGGUUGCCCCACCCUACCCCUACCCCUGUUAAGAGAUAGGACAUUUUUCCUACAAUAACAAAACAGGAAUCAAAUUCAAGGCUGUGAACAAACAUAUGCUGCUUUUUUUCUUAUUUUUCUCUUGUUUUCUAGAAUUCUUAUCCAUAUUUCUUUUGAAUCAGUAUAUCAAAGUGGUUGGUGGUGUCGCAAAAUGACUUUUUUCAAGUUUUUAGACAAAAGAGAGCAUAACAUUGUAGUUGGUUGGUAAGAUUUACAGGUAUUUGAGUUCUGAGUAUAGGGCACAUUCUCCAUGAAUAGGCUGAAUCCCAUACUGAACUCAAGGUUUUGUAAAUCCAAUCCUACUUGUUCUUACAGUUUAAUUUUCAGGCGGUGCUUCUGCUUCUUAAGUCCAUCAAAAGGAAUGAAAGGAUCUUCUUGUCUUUCUCCUUUUCUUCCCCUUCUUCCUCUUCCUCCUUCAGGAUUAAAGAUUUUGCUGCACAAUUACAUUCUUUAUUAAGCUAAAUGUGGAUAAAAAUUCAAAGCACACAUGGACAUGCCAGUAGGGGAAAAAAGUGUUCCAGGACAGUGACAGGAACGAGUAUACCAGGAUGAUUCUGAAAACAAAUGGAGACUUUCAUUUGGAUAGGAUAUCAAAAGUGCUGUAAUCACAAGUCUCAUUCAAAUGGUAACCUGUGGAGACAGUGUCUUUAGGGGCUACCCUGUACUGUUUACUCUUUUGUUUACAUAAAGUAACUGUUAUGAACAUAUUGCAUGAUGGGAAAUCACACACUGGGGCCAUGUUAUACAGAAGUGAGGGUUGAAAGAAAAGAUAUGUUAAUUCCAUGGCAUUGUUAGUAAGCUUUCCUGUGUUUCAAAUGGAAUAUAAAAGGCUUUUAGUGAAAACUGACAAAAAACAAUUUAAUGUUCUGCAACUGCUAUGAAUACCUAAGCCAUUUCUUUUAGCCAUUAUAGCAAGUUGCAUAAUAUACACAUUCGGUAACCCAAUCAGCCUGUUUCAUAAUAGUCUCUGGGACAUAAAACUCUCUGUUCCAGGCCCUGGACCUCAGAUCUACCUCCACAUGGCAUAUUGCCUCUCCCAGGAUGGAGGCGAUGGGCUUUGCAUCACUUAGUUUUGGAAACAGCCUCUCUCCUAAAGGUUGUCUUCAUAUGGUACCCCUUUUUCCCUCUUGAAUACUUUAUGUUGCCACCUCCCAAGGACAUCUAUUCUGACUAAAUCAUAGACUUUCUAGCAACAAGCAGAGAUACUAUUAACCAUCUAGUACUAUCCAUCAUUAAUAUUUCACAGAUGAGACACAUAUGGGUCAGAUUCUUUCCCCAUAUUUCCUUGAGGUCUUACUAGACCUGCACACCCAUUCUCCCAGGGAUUACAUUAUUAAACUGAAUUAAAUAAAAAUUUACAUGAUUGGCUGCAUAUUUGUCCAGUUCUAUAUGUUAUACUUCAGAAAACUUUAGACAACUCACAAAGUCAUUUUCACUUCACUAAAUGGUAAGUAAAAUGUACUUGUGUUUAUUGAUAUAUAACACUGGGCACACAAUUUUUCUAUUCUAACACUUUUUAUAAUAUCUCAGGUUUGAUUUACCUCAUUUCAACUUACAAUGCCUUUCCAGACCAUAAAUCCUCAUAAAUUCAAGGACUACCUGUAUUUUUCAAAAAGAUAUGUAGAUUUUUACUAUUUUAUCCUUGUUUCUUGAUAUAGGUUUUUCCCUGACUUUUGGUGUGCAAGGUCCACCCUGCAGCCUAAUUGCUAAAGCAGUAGGUAAUAUCUAAGGCCAAUCUGUUAAAGGGGACUUCUAUGUAGCUAUAAUACAGAUUGUUAUGGGGAAUUAACAUCAUACAUGAGUUAAACUUAUACUUGAGUAGUUGAUAUGGUAUUUCACAGUAUAGUCAAAGGGCUUACCCAUUUCCUCCAGAGUUUGGAUCUGAGACUGUUUCCAUAGUUCAUAACUGGCCUGUGCCCCUCAGACCUCAGGAUAUUUUACAUUGGAGCAUAUAAUCUAUUUGUAAAUAAAGGCUAUCAAACACAAUGUUGUACUAACUAGGAUAAUCAAAUUAGGAUUACAAAUAUUGGUAUCCCUGACAUCUCUAAGCCUUUAUUAAAAUUUUUCCUGUAAAGUAAUGAGGGGCUUUGUAAAUGCUUUAUUAAUUGUCUGUAAUCAGGAGACAAUUAUAAUUCUAUUCUCAUUGCCUUCUUCAAAUAAUGGUAAAAUCAUCUCAAUUAUUUACAUAUUCUUUAAGAAAUAUGUCAAAAUUCAUUAAGAGUAUUUCAUGGAGUACAGGUAAUCAAAUACAAUACUGUAUUAUACCUAAAGCACAUACAACUUUGCUAAAUAGACAGUGGGAUGGAAAGGAACUCUCUUGUAUAGCAUUUGGGACUGAUUGAAUUUUCCGUGUUCACAUGAGCAAAGCAACUGUGAACAGUUGCCUAGGGCAUGGAAAAUGGCCUUGUUUUAUAGGAUUGAAUUAUAUCCCAGGAUUUGUUGCAAUGGAAUUCCUCCAUUUGUAGAUGAUUGGAAGUUGAACAUUACUAUUGAUAAUUAUGAUUGGAAAAUUCAGAAAAAACUAUGAAGUAUGUGAACUGGUUAAGUUCAUUAGGUGGAGUGAACUAUUGGCAAGACAGAUUUGUGAGAGUAAUUUCUUUUUAAAUAAACUUUUUAUUUUAAAGCAGUUUUGGAUUUACAAAAAAAAGUGUGAAGAUAGUGCAGAGUUUCCCUAUACCUCACACCCAAUUUUUCCUAUUAUUAACAUCUUAUAUUAGAAUGGUACAUUUGUUGUAAUUAAGUAAUGUUGAUGCAUAUUUAUUAACUAAAGUCCAAACUUUAUUCAGAUAUCUUUAGUUUUUACAUAAUAAAAUUUUUUAUUCCAUUCCAGCAUCCUGUUCAGUAUGCCACAUCACACUUAGCAGUUGUAUCUUCUUAGGCUUCUCUUGGUUGUGACAAAUUUCUCAGACUUUCCUUGUUCCUAUAACCUUGACAGUUUUGAGAAGUAUAUCUCUCAAUAUUUGCCUGAUGUUUUUCUCAUAAUUAAAUUGAGCUUAUGGAUUUAGGGGAGGAAUACCACAAACAUGAACUGCCAUUUUCAUCACAUCAUAUUAAUAUGACAUAGUCUUGAUGUUAACGUUGAUCACCUGGCUAAGAUAGUGUUGUCGAGCUUCUCCUCUGUACUCUGCCCCACCUUCCAUUCUGUAUUCUUUGGAAGGAAAUCACUAUAUGCAGACCACACUUAACGAGUGGUUAGCUAUGCACUACAUCCUUGAGGGUAUCUAUAUAAAUUGUUUGGAAUUCUUCUGCAUGGGAGAUGUGCCUCUUCUCCCUCAUUUAUUUAUGCAAUAAUUUAUUUGUAUCAGUAUGGACUCAUGGAUAUUUAUUUUGUACUUUGGGUUAUUAUCCAAUAAAACUUAUUUUGUUACUCAAUUUGUUCCAGCUUUGGCCAUUGGACACUGUUUUGGGUCUACUCCCAAGUUCUUUUGAUGUACCUCCAUCCUUUUUUUUUAGCAUAUCUUUAUUUUAUGGCACUACAAGAUGCUUCAAGCUCAUCUUAAAUAUUAUUUUUUGACCCAUUCAUAUGAUCAACCAUUUCUUUACGGAGUCCUGGUUUAUUUUAAUGGAGAAUUAUAUUAGAAACAAAGAUCUGGACAUUAGAUAUGCUUGUUGCCACUUGUUGCAUCUAGUUCAUCUCUGCUGACCAAGCAAGGGAAUAUAUGUGUGUACACUAACCCGUGUAUAUGUGUGUGUAUGUGUAUAUAUAUAUAUAUAUAUAUAUAUAUAUAUACACACACAAUAUCUACAAAUACUUCUAUAUAUAAUCACCCAUAUCUUUAUCAAGCUAAACAUGAGUUCAUACUGAUGUCUCCAACUCCAACCCAUUACCACAUGAAUAAUCCUAACCUAACCUUUUCCCUUUUCAUACUCUAAUCUUCCACUCCAACAGUGAGAAACCUGGCUCCCACACAUUAUCAUCUACUUACUUAAUUGUUCAGUUCCAGAGUACAUAUAUGGUGGUAUCUUAAUUGUUAACCUGUACGCUUGUGGGAACACCUAGAUGGUAGUUCUCAUGUACAUUAUAGUAACGUUUGUUACUCCAAUUGCUCUUUGUUUUUUUUUUUAGAUUUUUAUUUUUUCUAUUAUAGUUGAUUUAAAAUGUUCUAUCAAUUUCUGCUUUACAGCAAAGUGACCCAGUCAUAUACAUAUAUGUAUAUACAUUCUUUUUCCAAUAACUCUUUGAAACAAAGUGAUUUGCAAAAUCCAGGAAUUAGAGAUUUCUAUGACUUGAGUUCCAGGAACUUGAGGUUAUCCUUCUCUCAAAAGGUUUUCUGAAGAACCAAACCAUCAGAAAUUGACCUUAUCUUUAAUAAGCUAAGGGAUAUUGUUGAUCCUCCACAGUGUGCUAAUAUCUAUAUAAAAAUAUAUACAUGGAAGAAAGUGGGUAUGCCUAAUUUAAAGAAACACUUAGCACUAUCUUUUCUCACUGGUAAUUAUGGCUCUCUGAUAAUAGAGGUGCUAACCUAAGUUACCUUUCUUCUAUAUUUUCCAUCUUCCAUUUGGCUGACCUUAGGCAAGUCACAUCACCUCUCUGUGCCUCAGUUAACCCGUCUGUAAAAUGGGGCUCCAAAUAUCUACCUCACAGGAAGGUUGUGAGGAUUCUCAUUAAUGGAUGUUGGCAGAAAAGAUGAGUGAUCCUUAAAUGAGCAACAAGGUAUUAUGAUUACCACUAUGAUGAUAAUUAUAGUAUUCUAUAUUUACCCUAGAAAAAGGAGAAUAUUAGGCUUCAUGGAUGAUAAAGAGCUAAAUUUGAGUCAGUGACAAGUAUAAUUGAAGUGUGGUCACUGGAAGCAAUAUCUCUUUUUCUCACUUUCCCUACAUUCUCUUCAUUGCUAAGUAUAGGAUUCUCAUCUGUUUCCAUACUCAAACAUACUAGGACCUAAAGGAAUAAGUAGGUAAAAUGUUUAAAAGCUGUAUUCUUCCCCUUUGCUCCCUCUGCCUGGACCACAUUACAUGUCACCCUGUCAAAAGCACAGAGGCAAUUUCCCAGAGCCCUUCAAACUUUGGCCACUGCAGCUUCACCAGUUAUAUUUUUCUCUUUCCACACUUAGCUAUAUCCUGAAAAGUAUAGUUAGCAGGGAAAUGGGGUAAGGUGGGAGUGGGAUGGAAGAGGAUAUAAUUUAUACCAGAGGCAGGAUAUUUCUUUGAUUCUCAAAUACUAUGUUCCAUUUCCUUUUCUGGUGGUGAGUUGGGGAUGGGGAGAGACACUACUUGUUAGUUAAGAAUCUCUUCUUCCCUUCCAGUAGGUGUUUCUGAGGAUCAGUACAAGUAGUUGUUUUGGACAUUAUAACUAUGUUGUAUACAGUGCUGUUUUCACUGUAUUUCUGAAUAAAAUAGGAAGAGAAUCCCUAGUGGUGUCUAUCCCUGUUUGUUUUUUGUUUUUUUUUUUUGUUUUUUGUUUUUUGUUUUUUGUUUUUUUUUGACAGGAGGACACAGUGGGAGUACAGUGCCAGAAACUGACUCUGCUUUUUUGUGUUGGGGAAAGGAGCCUGCGGUGAAAUGAUUGAUUUUUUGUCAUUGUUUAAAAUAUAGAACAGUGUAUUAGGAUUUAAGUCUUCAUAACUCUUCUGUCUUUGCCUCAUUAUUUCAGUGCUCUAGAGCAGCACUUCAUUGUGGGUUUUUUUUUUAAGUCUAUUUUAUGUUAGUUCUUUCUCCAGAGACAUAUCUUUGAAGCUAGGAUCAUGAGCAGUCUCUCAUAUAAAAAUCUGUUAGGUGCCUAGAGAUACUCAAGAAUUGCCUCAGCAUGAUCACUUAGAGAUUACUCUGUUCUAGUUAAAUGGACUUUUCCUCCGUGGCAUUCAGGCAAGGUAUGUGCUUGGGAACUAAGCAAUCUUGUUAAGUUUUAUUAUUGUACUUUUUAUUAAUAAAAAUAUUUUAAACUUCA